GAGCGGGGAGCCGCAGUAUAAAAAGCCGUCGAGAGCGGACACAUCAACAAACACUAUCAGUUCGAAUUUCACGAAGAAAUCUCUUUCGCUAAAUUUUAAGAGAAUGAACAAAAUGUUGAUCGUCCUAGUUGCUGCCAUGAUUUUAGCAAAUUGCUCAGCUCUUCCAACUUUUGGAUUCGGUGGAUACGGACCUGGUGGAAGUGGUGCUGGAUUUGGAACUGGUAGUGCUGGUUUUGGUGGAGUGUCCGCCAGUGGAGUAGGCAUUUCCAGCGCACACAAUGGUGGGUUUGGCGUUGGUUCCGGAUCAGGAUCGGCCUAUAGUGGUGGUCUCUUUGGUGGACAAUUCGCAACUGGCACAGGCAGUGGAUCAUCUUAUGGAAAAUAAGAGGUCGAAGACCCCAUAAAAUAUCUCAUUAUCACGUACAACAACCGCAUUCGUUUUUUGUUUAAAUUUUUAUGCAUAUCUGACAUUUCAAAGAUGGAAAUAUACACUAUGAUGGUUAUAGAAAAA